AUGGAAAGAUAAAUUUCAAUGACAUCAACCUAGAUCGCAAUUAUGAACCAUUAGCUGCAUAUUGUCGAAGCAAGCUGGCAAAUAUACUGUUUACGCGUGAACUAGCAAAGAGAUUAGAAGGUACAGACGUAACGACAUAUUGUCUCCACCCCGGUGCCGUUCAUACAGGCCUAGGACGCCAUUUAAACACCUCAGUAAACAAAUUCAUUGGACACAUUUAUGAAGGAUGUAGCAAACUGUUCUGGAAGAACGCUCGCAAUGGUGCUCAGACAUCCAUCUACUGCGCUGUUGAGGAGUCAUUAGAAAACCAGUCAGGGUACUAUUAUUGGUACGUUUUCUACGACCUGGUGUUUUCUUAUUUUUCCAGUUCCUGUAGUCUUGCAAUAGUUAUUAUUUGUGUAGUGCCUGGUUUGACAAUGCCAUGCAAUGAGUAACUGCACCAGAAUAGAGCCUUCUGCAAGAGCUCAGGAUGAUGAAAUGGCAAGAAAGUUGUGGGAAUUCAGCCAACAAGCUACAUCUAGAACCUAAUGAUCAGUAAUGAUCAAUAACAAUAAUUUUUUGCUCAAUAUGACUGUAAAUUGAAGCUGCUAUGAAAUCUUUAAAAAAGUUUAGCAUGAAACUUACGAAAUAGAAUUUGUUAAAAUUUUUAAACACAUAAAGCUGUACAAAUAACAUAUUUGGAAAACUUAUACAUGGAAUGUAGAUACACUUAAUUUUUUAACUUCUUAACAGUUUUUGAUGAUAAUAAUUAUCUACUUUAAAUGAUUGUUAAAAGCCAGUGCUGUUAUUUCAUACACAGUUUUUUCAGUUUAAAUUGGUUGAAAUAAUUAUUUCAGCCUCUUAUAUUACAUAAACUGAAGUUGUAAAGAUAUAAUAUUGGCAUUUUUAUGCGUAGAUGUGUAACUAGUUUUUCAGGCGAUGAAGAAGACUGUAUAAAUAAUGUAUUAUCUAAUAUCAAUAAAGAAACGAAAACGUGA